UCCAGAGCUGUGAGAGUGCCGGAGAUAUUCUGUAUUGUGUCGAGUUGGCGUGUAGUGCUGCGUGAAGGUAACGAUAGCCGAUUCGAAGACUGCCACAGAACUAAAAGAGAAAAAGUCCGUGCUUUCAGUAGACACGAACGGUAAUGUGAUUCGACAUUACCCAAACGAAAAUUUGGAUAGUCGUGCACAAAUUCAGCAAAUCUGGCGACUGAAAUCAGAUAUAGGAUUGGAAUGAGACUUAUCCUAAAGAAAUUCAUCAUCCACACGUCGUCAGACCACUUUUCAGAAGAAAAAGUUAACAUUUUCCUUUAGUUGUUAACUUUUUCCUUUCGUUUUUACUUAUUUUUCCCGUUUUUACGCGUAUAUGGACUAGGAGUGCUUGAUCUAUCAUUCAGGAAGUGUUGUUUCUUUAGAAUUAACUAAAAACAAAGCAAAAUGGCCUCAAGGACCCAAUUUGUCGCUGAGAAGGAGGAGUGCAAAGGUGCCCAGGCCCCCGGGAAGCCCCCCCUGAGCCAGUUCGGACCCCUGCUGGUGGCUAUGGUCGGCCUGCCCGGUCGGGGAAAGAGCCUCCUGGCCAGGAGGCUGUGCAGAUACCUCGACUACACCGGGGAGAAGACCAAGGUAUACGACAUCAGUGACUACAGGCGCAAGCACAUGAAGCAGUACCACUCGCACGAGAUGUUCCGGGCCGACAAUCUCCCGGCUUGGCGUAUCCGCCAGCAGAGCUUCCGCGAAGCCCUGGAAGAAGCCGCCGACUGGUUGCGUCAACCCGGUCACCAAGUAGCCGUGCUAGACGGCCCCAACGUGUCCAGGGCUCAACGCCAGGACAUCUACGACCUCAUCUACGGCCAGCUGGGCUUCAGGGUGAUGUUCAUCGAGUGCGUGUGCGAAGACCCGGUGUUGCUAGAGCGCAAUUUCAAGGAAAUCUUGCAGUACAGUGCCGACUACAGGAACAUGGCGACGGAGGAAGCUUUGAAGGAUCUGACUCAUAAAAUGGCGCAUUAUAAGGCUCAGUACGAAUCGCCCACACUGGGUAGCCUCUGGGAGCUGCCUUGCCCCAUGGUGAAGAUCCUGGACGGAGGCGAAGGCGGGAUCAUCGCUCACGGAGUCUCUGGGCCGAAGGAGAGCAAGAUAUUGGCUUACAUUUCAUCUCCCAAGCCCUAUCAGCAGACUCUGUACUUUAGCAGGCAUGGUGAGAGCGAGUACAACGUGAUCGGCAGGAUCGGCGGUGACGCCAAUCUCUCCCCCAGAGGCCGAAUGUACGCCCAGUCUCUGGCCAAGCACAUCCAGGCCCUGAACCUGCCCAGCCUCCAGAUAUGGACGUCCACCCUACAGAGGACCAAGGCCACCAGCGCCGGAAUACAGGCACCACAGAUACAUCUGCACGAGUUGGAUGAGAUUUGGUCGGGUGAGUGCGAGAGCCUCUCCUACGAAGAGCUACAGGAGCGCUACCCCCGCGAACUGGCCCUGCGCGACCGCGAGAAGCUCAAGUACCGCUACCCCCAGGGCGAGUCCUACGUAGACGUCAUGAACCGUCUCGUUCCCGUCCUCGCCCAGCUCGAGUGCGAGUCCAACGUCCUGACCGUCUCCCACCAGGCGGUGCUGCGCUGCAUCCUGGGUUACUUCCUCGAGACGCCCCCCGAGGAGAUCCCCUACAUCCACGUACCCCUCCACACCAUCAUCAAGCUCACCCUGCAGGGCUACAGCUACAACAUGGAGACCAUUAAGAUGCCGAUCGAGUGCGUCGACACCAACCGGGCCAAGCCGUUGAAUUGCUCGGAGGAUCGCACGGCCGAAGACGCCCUUUUCACCCUGCCGGCACAUUUCGACUCCGUGACCCACUUGAACACCUUGACGUCCUGUACUUAGCUCUGGGUCGACUGCUGCUCGUUCGUAUAACGCUUGGUGUUUUGGGUGUUUGGGGUCCGCCUGUGGCGUAGACGGUUGGGUUUCGAGGUGUCGGGAGGACGGAAACGGUGAGUGGUGGUCGUCGUCCCGGCUUUUUUUUUAUGGAGGCAAACAGUAAUUAGAAGUUGAGAAUUUCUGGACUAAAACCGUGUUUUUUUUAUUUCCUAGGGCUAAUUUUAUAAAUUAGUCGUAAGAAGACUCAAAGACUGACAAAUUUCUACGGGGAUGAAAUACAGUUUUUUUUAACGUAUGGAAUCGGAAUUGUGGGUAAAAUUUGUUUAGUUUUGUUUUUUUUUUUGUGAUCCAACUGUCUAUGUACCACAUUGGGUGUUGAUUUUAUAAGUUUGUUUAAAUUUUUAAGGGACUUAGCAUUCGUAAUUGCACUUAUCGGACGAAAUACUGUUUUAAAGUGUUCUUAAUUCUAUUAAUAUUAUUAAUUAUACAUAUGCAGUUAAUAUUAUUCAAUAAUUUUACUACAAUACAUAGUUAUACAGGGUGGUGGUGGUAAAUUGACUCCCGAUAUUUUCGGGACAUAUGGUAUUUCGGAAAAUAAGGGUACCUUUUUAUUAGAGAAUAAAUAAGGUUUGUUUUAAAAAAAUUUAAAUUUAAACUUGAAAUUUCAAGUCCAAACGUCAAAUUUUUAUUUUAAAACAUGA